GUGUCACUAUAACAGAAGGACAUAAUCACGGUGGUAAGUUUGCAGAACCCUACAGCCUGUCUCGGCCAACAGGGAGCUCACUUCAUUCAGCUUUUCUGAGGUUUCAAAGUCCACUGCCACCAUGUCUGACACAGAGGAAGUAGAGCAGGUCGAGGUUAUAGAAGAGGAGGUAGUACAGGAGGUAGAGGUUGCCCCUGAGGUGGCCCCUGAGCCAGAACAAGAGCCAGAGCCUGAGCCUGAACCAGAACCAGUGGUAGAACCAGAGCCUGAACCAGAACCAGAACCAGUGGUAGAACCAGAGCCAGAACCAGAGCCUGAGCCUGAAGAGGAGAAGCCAAAGUUCAAGCCCAGCGCUCCAAAGAUCCCAGAUGGUGAGAAAGUGGACUUUGAUGACAUCCAGAAGAAACGUCAGAACAAGGAUCUGAUGGAGCUGCAGGCCCUGAUCGAUGCUCACUUUGAGUGCAGGAAGAAGGAGGAGGAGGAGCUGAUUGCACUAAAGGAGAGAAUUGAAAAGCGUCGUGCUGAGAGGGCCGAGCAGCAGAGGAUUCGUGCUGAAAAGGACAAGGAGCGCCAGGCCAGACGUGAGGAGGAGAGGAGGAUAAGGGAGGAGGCUGAUGCCAAGAAGAAGGCUGAUGACGACGCUAAGAAGAAGUCGGCUCUGUCCAGCAUGGGGUCUGGCUACAGCAGUCACCUGCAGAGGGCUGACCAGAAGAGAGGAGGAAAGAAAGAAACUGAGAGAGAGAAGAAAAAGAAGAUCCUGGCUGCUAGACGCAAGCAACUCAACAUUGACCACCUGAACGAGGACAAGCUGAAGGACAAGAUCAAUGAACUUUACGACUGGAUGCGCCAGCUGGAGUCUGAGAAGUUUGACCACAUGGAGAAACUCAAGCUGCAGAAAUACGAUGUUACAAGACUGCGCAAGAGAGUGGAGGAGCUCAGUAAAUUCAGCAAGAAGGGAGCCGCUCGCCGCAGAAAGUAGAUUGGCUGAGCCCACUAAGUGCUUGCAAACCAAACUGCCAUCAUCAUGGACACAUAAAGGAUGAAGCAAAGCGCACUGUGGAGAAGGUUACACCUCUGAAGAAACUAGUAAAGCUGAGGUUCACCCUGUUGUUUCUCAGCCAUGUCCCGAAGCCACCAGGAGCCUUAAGCUGCUGUUCACUAGGAAGAAAAACUACUCAACCUAUAUCAUGCUCCUCACCGUCAACUCUGUGGUUCUCAGUAAUUUUGUAAAUAAAGUGUGACUCUUCAAGCCAUGCCUGUAGUUAUUUAGAAUUUCAUAAAGUAUGGUCUUUUCAGAUGUGCAAUCUUAAAAGCUUUCUGUUCACCACUAUUUUGUUUUUUCUAUGCAGGAAACUGCAUUCAGGUCAAUGUUUCAAUCAUCCAGUUCAUUCAAAUUUGAAAAAAACGUAUCUUUAUUUUCUUCUUAAUCAGAUUGCUUUGAUUCUAAAUGUCUUGUACAAAACAAUGAAGACUGAAAUUUGGUUCUCAGCCUUCUUUGCCAUAGAAACGGUUCUUAGGGAUGUCCCAAUCCGAUACUGAUAUCAGAAAUCGGUCUAAUAUUAGCUAAAAAAUGUGUAUCAGAAUAUACUGGCCUGUAUCUAAAAUCUGCGAUAUGAGGUUGCUGAUAGAAACAUUCUGCUUUCUGUUUAAAGUUUCUGUCACCCAUUGGAGAGUAAUAAAUGGGUAAGUUGUUCUCCUACA